CUCGAGGACCCACCAGGGGUCACUGCAGCCUCAGAGCUAUUGUGCCCGCCACUCCUGGACAAGACCCGCCGUGCGGAGGGCGUGGGACUGGGAGCGCCGAACGCCAGGGUCCGAGCAGAACUGCGCCCGGCCUUCCUAGAGCCAACCUUCCGUCUCCCCGGGAAACGGCUACAGCAAUCAGAACCAGGGCUCCGAACAGCCGAGCGGCCGGGGUGGUGCGCGCGGGAUCCGGUGCGGACCUGCCCGCACCUCGCCGUUGGACCACCUCCGCUCCGCCUUCCGCUCUCAGCCGAGACCCCGCCCGGAAGGGGCGCCCCUUCCCGGCCUCUGGGCCCCAGCUUCGUUCCAGGGCUCUCUGCAGACACUCGGGCCCGGCCCAGGUGCACCUGGGCUGCUCCCGCCCGGGGCGCCACCCCUCGCGCAGCCAAGAGAACUUUCCCGGGAGCCGCCGCGGCCUGCGCGUCCAGGGCACACCCCCACCCGCCCGCCAGCGCGUUCCCAGCCUGGGCGCCCGCUUCUCCGCCCGCCGGCGCGCCUGCAAGCCCUCUGACUCCCCAGUUCUCUGGAAAUCCAGGAGGAGCAGCGCUCCGCCGCCGCAGCAAAGGCGUUCUCGGAGGGCCAGCUUGAACUUAGGCACACGCAACCCCCCGUGAUGAGUUCCACGGUCCCCAGACGGGAGCCGCGUCCCGCCACGAGCUGACUUGCACUCGCCAGUCUUGGACUGCGGGAGGGGCCGCGGCGCCCCCGCCUUCGGAGGAGCCCGAGCCGCAGGAUGCGCGGGGACGCGCCGCCGCCCUCUGUGCUCAGUUCCGCCGGCGCUUCCCCGGCGGCUCCCGGGCGCUGACUCCGGGCUUCUCCGCCCUCCUUCCCUCCAGCCGGCGCCGGGCGGCUCGUCCGCGCGGCCCUGGACCUCGCCGGGAACCGGUCCCCUCGCCCUGGCCCCGGCGCGGACAAUAAAUUAAUGCCUCGCGCUUGAGGGGAGGGGGCGGCUCGGCGCCUGGGUCGCAGCUUUCUCUCCUGGCUGGAGACGGCCACAGCCAACAUGGGCUGCUUCUGCGCUGUUCCAGAAGAAUUUUACUGCGAAGUUUUGCUUCUGAAUGAAUCCAAGUUAACCCUCACCACCCAGCAGCAGGGCAUCAAGAAGUCAACGAAAGGUUCUGUUGUUCUUGACCACGUAUUCCGACACAUAAACCUUGUGGAGAUAGAUUAUUUUGGGCUGCGUUACUGUGACAGAAGCCAUCAGACAUAUUGGCUGGAUCCUGCAAAAACCCUUGCUGAACACAAAGAACUAAUCAACACUGGACCUCCAUAUACUUUGUAUUUUGGUAUUAAAUUCUAUGCUGAAGAUCCAUGUAAGCUUAAAGAAGAAAUAACCAGAUAUCAGUUUUUCUUGCAGGUGAAGCAAGAUGUCCUUCAGGGCCGGCUGCCCUGCCCUGUCAACAUCGCUGCUCAGCUGGGAGCAUAUGCCAUCCAGUCUGAGCUUGGAGAUUACGACCCAUAUAAGCAUACUGCAGGUUAUGUGUCAGAGUACCGGUUUGUUCCUGAUCAGAAGGAAGAACUUGAAGAAGCCAUAGAAAGGAUUCAUAAAACUUUAAUGGGUCAGGCUCCUUCUGAAGCAGAGCUGAAUUACUUGAGGACUGCUAAAUCUCUGGAGAUGUAUGGCGUUGACCUCCAUCCCGUCUAUGGAGAAAACAAAUCUGAGUAUUUCUUAGGAUUAACUCCAGUUGGUGUUGUUGUCUACAAGAAUAAAAAGCAAGUGGGGAAGUAUUUCUGGCCACGGAUUACAAAGGUUCACUUCAAGGAGACACAGUUUGAGCUCAGAGUACUGGGAAAAGAUUGCAAUGAAACCUCAUUCUUUUUUGAAGCUCGAAGUAAAACGGCUUGCAAGCAUCUUUGGAAGUGUAGUGUAGAACAUCAUACAUUUUUCAGAAUGCCAGAAAAUGAAUCAAAUUCAUUGUCAAGAAAACUCAGCAAGUUUGGAUCCAUGAGUUAUAAGCACCGGUAUAGUGGCAGGACAGCAUUGCAAAUGAGUCGAGACCUUUCUAUUCAACUUCCUCGGCCAGAUCAGAAUGUGGCACGAAGUCGAAGCAAGACUUACCCAAAGAGAAUAGCACAAACACAGCCAGCUGGAUCAAACAGCGUCAAUCGAGUAACAGGAAACAUGGAAAAUGGAGAAAAUGAAGGAACAACUCAAAUCACUGCACCUUCACCAAUAAAAAGCUUUAAGAAAGCAAAGAAUGAGAACAGCCCUGAUACCCAAAGAAACAAAUCUCAUGCACCAUGGGAAGAAAAUGGCCCCCAGAGUGGACUCUACAACUCUCCCAGUGACCGCAUGAAAUCCCCGAAGUUCCCCUCCUCACGUCGCCGAAACCCCUCCUGUGGGAGCGAUGACUCUGUACAGCCGACAAGGAGGAGGAAAGCCCAUAACAGUGGUGAAGACUCAGAUCUAAAGCAAAGGAGGAGGUCACGCUCACGCUGUAACACGAGCAGUGGUAGUGAAUCAGAAAAUUCUAAUAGAGAACAUCGGAAAAAGAGAAACAGAAUACGUCAGGAGAAUGAUAUGGUUGAUUCAGCGCCUCAGUGGGAAGCUGUAUUAAGGAGACAAAAGGAAAAAAAUCAGGCGGACCCCAACAACAGACGAUCCAGACAUAGAUCUCGCUCGAGGAGCCCUGAUAUCCAAGCAAAAGAAGAGUUAUGGAAGCAUAUUCAAAAGGAACUUGUGGAUCCUUCUGGUUUGUCUGAAGAACAAUUAAAAGAGAUUCCAUACACUAAAAUAGAGACUCAAGGUGACCCAAUCCGCAUCAGGCAUUCCCAUUCACCGCGAAGUUACCGCCAGUAUCGCAGGUCUCAGUGUUCAGAUGGAGAGCGAUCUGUUCUCUCGGAGGUGAAUUCAAAAACAGAUCUUGUACCUCCACUUCCUGUGACACGUUCUUCAGAUGCUCAGGGUUCUGGUGGCUCCACAGUUCAUCAGAGAAGAAAUGGAUCUAAAGAUAGCCUGAUUGAAGAAAAAUCUCAGACAUCUACAAGCAAUCUGACUGGAAAACACAUAGCAAAAACAGUGAAAACUGUCCAAGCUUCACGCCUCAAGAUGGACUUGAUCCAGUGAAGGGCCGGAGAAUAGGGGUGGGAAGGGUGUGUGUGUGUGCCACCUUUACUUUCAAACUGUGAAUUAUUCAAAUAUCUUGGACCUGCAAAAAGUGUUUCUUCAGAAAAAAAAUGGGAGUCUGUUGCAUCUUCUAAAUGUUUACCAGUGUAUUUGUGCUGAAGGGCCUUUUUAUUUGGCAACUCAAAGGGUUGAGAAAACUCAUGCCUUGACGCCCUAUUUUCCUUCCUGGAAAACUCCAGUUAUCUUGUGUCCACAACCAAGAUCAGGUGGUUCUGAUCAAAGGUCUGGAAUCCUAGUGUGCAGCUGCCUAACUAGGUACACGAAGUGGACAAAAAGGUUCUUCCCAACUCUAGGUGGAUCUCAGCCUGUGCACAGAUGUAUGAAGACUGAGAUCUCACUUUCAGACUGAAGUUUUUAUUCAUAUAAAUGUUCUUUGUAAUACUGUAUUUUGUGGCAUUAAGUUCCACUGGUUAUUUACAAAUGUAAAAAGCUUUUUAAGUGUUGCUUUGAAUUUCUAGUGUCCUUGUGUUUUCAAAAAAAAAAGAAAAUGCUAUGUGUAGAUUUCAGUUGACCUCCGUUUAUAAAUUCAUGAAACCCAACCUCAAA